AUGGAGGAAGUGAUUGCGAGCGAGUUGCUCGAACUGCCCGACGACGAAGUCGAGCGCAUCGUCAGGCGGUAUUUCGACGACGCGGAAUGGCAAAGUUUGAGCGAGUUGGCCAAGCUGAGACACAUACGGAUGUACGUCAACUAUGUCGGCAAUCCCGAGUUCGCCGCGUUGUUGCCGAAACCCGAUUUUUUAAAAAACGUGUCAAAGGCAGCGGUGCCUUUGAGCGAGAAGGUUAAACGAAAGGUAACCAAGGUCACGAAAAGUGCUAAAAGUGAGGGCGAGGUUAGUUUUAAGUCGCGAAAAUGCGACGACACGUUAAAGAAAAGCUACCCCAAGAGAUCUUCCGCGCCGAAGGUGAACUAUUUCGAAGACGAGAUAGCGGACGACGACCGUUACAUAUUCUGCGACGAGUGCCAAGUAGAGGUGGUGGAUUUUUGCGACAAGUGCGGCAUGCUCGUGACCAUCGAAGACGUGAAGGUGCCGAUGGGCGUGCCGGAUAGGGCUCGAAAAACGGUGCCCGAAGCUUUGGAAAUCAAGCCGUCUCCGGUACACGGAUUGGGAGUGUUCGCCACGAAGACGGUGCCCAAGGGGGUGCAGCUGGGUCCCUACGAAGGAAAACUGACCAAGGUCGAGAACACGAUGGGCUACAGCUGGAAGUUGAGGAACGGGAGGCUGGUCGACGCUGGUGACGAAAGCAUUUCCAACUGGACGCGUUACGUCAACUGUGCUGAUCACAUGUCUCGGCAGAAUUUGGUCGCCUUCCAAUACAAGGGCAACUUGUACUAUCGCACGGCCAGAACAAUCAAUGCUGGCGAGGAAUUGCUGGUGUUUUACGGUAAAAGUUUCGCGGAGAAGCUCGGGGUAGACGUCAAGUCGUAUUUUAAUCCGCAAUGUGAAGAGUUAAAGAAAGAUUUCUAUCCAUGUGAAUUUUGCGGAGUGGGACUGUGCUCGCAAAAAUACAGAGCGAUGCACCAAAAGUAUUGCAUGAAGGGCAGAAUCUGUUUAGAUUCGUUCGCUUGUCAGUUUUGCAAGUGUUGUUUUAUGACCGAAACGCAUAGGAAUCACCAUCAACGCAAGUGCGUCAAGGUCCCAACCAAGGAUAAUACAAAACGUUCGAGGGCAAUCAAGGGAGAUGCGUGCACAAAGUGCAAAUUAACAACUAAAUACACUCCAGAUAUCAAGGCGAAUAAAUUUCAGUGCCAUUUGUGUAACUUUGAGACCCGUUACAAAUUUAAUUUGACAGUCCACGCGAGAAGACAUGAUAAUACGUUUGGGUUUGUGUGCCCUUGUUGCAAGAAAAUAUUUAAACAAAAGCUACAUUUAGACAGUCACUACAUCAGUCGGCGAACCAAAGACAAAGUGACCAUCAUAACCGGUAAAAUUGUGAAAGGCGAAUGA